CACGACGCUUCAACCAUCGGCAAAAGCUAGCACCUGUGUGACUCUCUUGAGUUUUUUUAUUCUGAUGAUGCAUUAAAAUAUUAUAUAUACAUAAAUCAUUUAUGAUUUUAAUUUAUAGACUCUGAUCACUAGAAGAUAUAAACUCUCUUAUGGUUUGUAGAAACACGAUGCAGGAUGCAUGCAUGAUAUAUAAUUCAUCAGAUAUUUUGUUAUAAGUUAUCAUGCAAGACAAUAAUUUUAGAUUAAAAAGUAAAAUGUGAAUUUUGACCAAAAAUCACCUUAUACAACUUUAUAAAACGAAUUGGAUUAUUUAAUUAUUGGUAUUUUCAAUUCUUUCUUUAGUACAGUGAAUUGCCAAAAAACAUACACUUAUGUCAGACAGACUCACAAAAGACAUGACAAACAUAUUUUGCAUAUUUUUGGGAAUCAUUUUUCUUCUUCAUUUUUCAAUAAACACACAAUUCGCAUUUGUCAUCCCAAGACCUUGACCUUACGUCUCCAACAAGAAACCUCACAUUCUUCAAAUAUAGACCAAGUCUGCACGAAGACAGCAAAUGUAAGUUCAAAACAUGAAAUGCAUGAUACAUGUCUCCUCCAACACAAUUUGAAAUUCUCAUAUCUCUCGUGACAAUGAUAUUAUUUCAGUAAGGGAAACUUACAAUGUCUUUAAUAGAGCGAGUUUAUAACCAUCUUUCUCUCUUCGAUGUAUCUCUAGCGUUGUUAGGGCUGUUUGUUUUCUGUUGUUUGCGUGAGAAGUUAACCAACAAGCACGGGCCAAUGCUGUGGCCAGUGUUUGGAAUUACCCUAGAGUUUUUCUUUCAUAAAAAUGAUGUCUAUGGAUGGGUCACAAAGUCUUUAAAAAAAUCCCGAAACACGUUUCUUUACCGCGGGUUCUGGCUUGAUGGAUCUCAAGGAGCCGUGACUUGUUCUCCUGCCAAUGUUGAGUACAUGCUCAAGACCAACUUCAAGAACUUCCCCAAAGGUACCUUCUUCAAAGACCGGUUCAAAGAUCUCCUCGAGGAGGGUAUCUUUAACGCUGAUGAUGAGUCCUGGAAAGAGCAACGACGGGUCAUCAUAACCGAAAUGCAUUCAACUCGGUUCAUGGAGCAUUCCUUUCAAACAACACAACGUUUAGUAAGGAAGAAGCUGUUGAAGGUUAUGGAGGGUUUCGCUAGGUCACAAGAAGCUUUUGAUCUCCAAGACGUGCUCUUGCGCUUGACGUUUGACAUCAUAUGCAUCGCGGGUCUUGGAGAUGACCCGGAGACUCUAGCUCAAGAUCUUCCUCAAGUUCCAUUUGCUAAAGCUUUUGAUGAAGCAACGGAGUCUACGUUGUUUAGGUUCAUGAUCCCUCCAUUUAUAUGGAAACCAAUGAGGUUCUUAGACAUAGGGUAUGAGAAAGGUCUAAGAAAAGCUAUUGACGUCGUGCAUGGAUUCGUGAAUAAGAUGAUUAUGGAUCGUAUCUGCAUGGUCAAUAAUGAUGAGACGUUAGAUAAUAGAUCUGAUGUCCUUACAAGAAUUAUUCAGAUAGAAAGUCAUAAAAAAGGUAACGAGAUUGGUCCUUCAACCAUUAGGUUUUUUAGACAGUUUUGCACAAGUUUCAUCUUAGCGGGACGUGACACAAGUUCUGUUGCAAUUUCAUGGUUCUUCUGGGUGAUACAAAGACACCCACAAGUUGAAAACAAAAUCAUCCAGGAGAUCAGAGAAAUCUUGAAACAGAGAGGAGAUCCUUCAGACAGUAGUCUCUUCACGGUCAGAGAACUAAACAACAUGGUGUAUCUACAAGCAGCAAUUUCAGAAACUCUAAGACUUUACCCACCAAUCCCUAUGGAGAUGAAACAAGCCAUUGAAGAUGAUAUGUUUCCAGAUGGGACAUUUAUAAAAAAGGGUUCAAGGGUUUACUUCUCUAUCUAUGCCAUGGGAAGGAUGGAAUCAGUAUGGGGUAAAGACUGUGAAGACUUCAGACCAGAGAGAUGGAUCCAUGCAGGGAAGUUUGUUAGUGACGACCAAUACAAAUAUGUUGUGUUCAAUGCUGGGCCUAGGCUGUGUCUAGGGAAAACAUUUGCUUACUUACAAAUGAAGAUGAUAGCUGCUUCAGUCUUGUUAAGGUAUUCAAUCAAGGUUGCUCAAGAUCAUGUGGUUGUCCCGAGAGUUACUACUAACUUGUACAUGAAGUACGGUCUCAAGGUGACCAUCACGCCAAGGUCGCUGGAAGAGAAGAUACUAGAGUCAUUCCACAUGUAGAAAGCAUUUUAAUUAGAAUACAAUACUUUCUAGAGUUACUUAGUUUUUAUGAUUAAUACUAAACCCACAAUUUAAUCAUCUUUUGAUCUUUUAGUACUAGUUUAUUAAUGAGAAACGUAUAAACUUGUUUUGGAGCAGCUAAUCCUUUGAAUAUAUCUCAUAUCAAUAUCAUUUUGACA